AUGAGUGGACACUUCUUAGCACAACCAUCUUACAAUGCUGCACCAACACUUGGUAUGGGUUUUGCGAGAUCGAAGAAGAAGCUCAAGGUUAUUCAUUGGGAGAAGGUCGAUACUCCUAUGACAACGCAUUGGGCUGCUCAUACACCUACAGCAGCAGAGAAGGAAGCGAAGUAUGCCGAACUUACUCGUAAGGGUGUUCUUGACGAAGUUGAAAAGUUGUUCUUGGCAAAGGAAAUUAAACAAAUUGGAAAGAGCAGCAAGGCCAAGCCAGAUAAGAAACAGAUCAUUUCAAAUGAACUUUCGAAAACAUUCCGUGAGUCCAAUGCAAUACUAACAAAACUCACAGCCAAGCUAACGUACCAUAGAAAUUUGCCUGUCAAAGUUCUCCUCAUUAAGCCCAGACAAAAUUGCACAAAUGAUUAUUCAUUGCGACAAAGACGUCUUGGACAAUCCUGUGGUGAUGGAAUUCCUGAUAAGAGAUGAUAUGUGCAAUAUCCCUGAAAAUACUGCCAAGCUUAUGGCGCCGUAUAGCAAGGACUGGACUGGACCUGAUGCGAAUAAGGAGAACCGAGAAUCAGACCCGAGCGAAUUAACUCGCGAAGAUCAAAUCUAUCUACAAACAGCCUUCGAGUUACGUCAUUACUGGAAAUCUAGAAUAAGAGCACUUUCUCUAAGUCGUACUUUUGAACAAGAAUAUGACGAGAUCUCCGACAAGCUCAAACAAGUUGUGGCUGUUUCCGAAUCAUUGAGAGACUCGGUUUCCUUGAUGAAUGUUUUGGGAUUGAUUCUUGACAUUGGUAAUUACAUGAACGAUUCCAACAAACAAGCGAGUGGCUUCAAAUUGAGUUCCUUGGCAAGAUUAGGAAUGGUCAAGGAUGACAAGAAUGAGUCAACAUUUGCUGAUCUGGUGGAGCGUAUUGUCCGUACACAAUAUUCUGAAUGGGAAGGCUUCACUGAUGACAUUGGUGGCGUUGUCACAGCACAAAAGUUGAACGUUGAACAAUUACAACAGGAUGCUAAGCGAUAUAUUGACAACGUCAAGAACGUUCAAAUGUCCCUUGACUCGGGUAAUCUCAGUGACCCGAAAAAAUUCCAUCCACAGGAUCGUGUUAGUCAAGUUGUUCAACGAUCAAUGAAGGAUGCGAGAAGGAAGGCCGAACAGAUGCAGCUCUUCUUGGAAGAGAUGAUUAGAACUUAUGAUGAUAUCAUGGUCUUCUAUGGUGAAGAUUCUGCUGACGAGAAUGCAAGAAGAGAAUUCUUCGCCAAGCUUGCUAUUUUUGUAACCGAGUGGAAGAAAUCGAAAGAAAAGAACAUGACUCUGGAGGCUACACGCAAGCGCAACGAGGAAUCGAUGAAACGGAAGCGAGCACAGAUAAAUGUUGGGGCUACAGCUGCUGCUGGACCACCUUCACCAAGUUCCACAGGUGCUAUGGACUCCUUACUUGAGAAAUUACGAGCUGCCGCACCACAAGCUCGUGAUCAAAGGGAUCGAAGACGAAGAGCACGAUUACAAAAUCGUCACCAAGUUCGCGUUGCAUCUGGUCAGAAAAUUCCUGAUCCAGAUGAAAUCCCAGAGGCCGAAGUAGGACAUAAUGAUGUUGAAUCGGUCAAAACAGAAGGCUUAUUAAGUCCUGAUUUACCGCCGCCGAAAGAGGUUGAUAAUGAAACCGAUGAUGUUGCUGACAGAGCAGCACAACUAUUACAGGGAAUGCGUGGAGCAGAUGGUGCCGAUGAAGGGGAUGGAGAUACCACUAGAAGGGAUAAUGCUAGAAGAUCAAGGCGAAGAAAUAAUGCAGAGGAGGAAAGAAUUGAACGAAGAAGGCGCAGACAAAAGGCUACUAGUGCAUCUGAAGCUGCUACACCCGGUGCAGAAGAAGAUACGGCUACUGACGAAGUAAAAACAAAGGAAACUACGAUCCUUGUACCAGGUUCACCAUUAUCGGAAGAUGGUGAUAGAAUACUUACUCCUACGAUGAUUGUUAGUCCGCCUGAAGUUACGGAAGCGGAGGGUUCCCCACAAAAGCCGAUUGAGUUGGAUGAUUAAAAUGUGGAUGUUGAAUGUGGAUUGUGAAGAGAUGAGAUGUGAAAUGAGAAUUAAGGCUUUUUAAUGUCUAGUGCUUCAAUGGAGGAUCCUUUUAUAGUAGGAUGCUUCUUGUACCUUAUUUUCUUGACUGGUCUGGAUGGGAGAAGGGGAUGAUGCCACAAUGGCUUCGGAUGUGGAUGGUUGGAAGGGGUCUGGAAAGGGAUGGUGGGGAUGGAUGGAAUAGAGGAAAGAUAAGGGAAGGAUGGAUGGAGGGGAGUUAAGAGAAUCCUCAUUUCUGCAUAGCGUGCGUGGUGAAUGGUUAUCGGUACUGCCGUUUCUCUUUUUCUCUGUCAUUUUUUUAUAGCUCGAAGAUUAUUAAAGUCUGGAUUUGUGUCUGGGCGACUGGACGAAUGGAUGGGUGGAGAUAGACCAGCGGAUGAGAGAAGACCGUGAGGAUCCUUAAAAAUGGAGUGCGGAGUAUUUAGUAGUGCCUGUGUGCAUAGUGAUGGGUGGGUGAUGAAAGUAUACAUAUACAUUGUUCUAAUUAAUUACAAUGAGAUGAGCUGUGUCAACUAUAUACGUAUG